AUUGCUGUUUGCUCUUCGUAUAUGAUGGUGGUCGCGAUCUUACCUAAGAUUUCAACUGCGAUACGUGAUGAGGUGUUUAAGAUGGAUUUUAAUACUAACGAGCCAAUCUACAUCUACGUCACAUACACAUGGAGAUAAAUAGCAAACAAAAAAUCACCAUCCUUAAUGCAUUUUGCACCGUACCGUUGUGAGUGAUACCCGACGCGGGAUUUAUUCGUUCUGAUGGUGGCGAGGUUUUUUUUCCAGUGACCUCUCGGACGGACUACGAAUAAGGAAGUGCGUUUUUUGGGAUCUCACAAAAGACUGCAUUCUUUCUUUUAGAUGACAAUAGAACAAAAGGUUUUGGAUGCUUCAACGAACACCUGCUGUGUAUGUAACGUGUCUCUUAGGUAGAAAAAAAAAUGCCGUUGAUAAUUAUGCAAGACCGCGACAGAUAGCUGAGCAGGAUUUCUUGUCGCCACUAAAUACAUUAAACGAGGAGAGGUGGGAGAUUUGACACUCAGACCUAACACAUUCUGCCGUGCAAUAUCGAUGUGUGGAUAGCUUCAGACACUUGGAAAAUCACAGAUGAGUGCGAAGGACAUGGUUAAGAAUGUGAAGUGAGCUUAUGUGGUGUCGAACCUCGUCCAUGUGAAGAUUGGAUUGAGUUUCUAGGGUUGAGAGAGACUGAACGACUGUAUAUUUUUUUUGACGAUCUUUGGCAUUGGAACACGGUCCUACCGCCUGGAGAAAUCGACGUCUGCUGCCCUUAGGGGCUCGUAGCUAUAGCCAACCCACGCAACCAGUCGAUCUGUGGUACACAGCGGGGAGCGGGGAUGAAAUCGUUACAAGGGGCAAGUCCCAUAUAAAGUGCACUUCUGACACAGCUGGUGUUCCUGCUUAAAAAUGAGAUCCUCCGUAUCACCCCCUUACCCCAUUCACCACCUACCCCCUCCCUACCCCACCUCCAUGAAGGAUGGGAAUAAUGGCAACAUCAAAAGCCAACUGGGUGGACAAACCAACUUUGGGUACACCCCUGAAACAAACCCCGCGUUGACGGUGUCUGACAUCGACCGUACAUCGUCUCUCAUCUCCGGAGUGAGUAGCAUCCCCCUACAGCUCUUCAGCGAGGGGAACCGACUAACAACGAAAGAGAGGACCUUCCUUGAGGCAGCGGAGCGAGGCGACAAGGCUACCGUCGAGCGAUGCCUCGAGCAGCCCGGCCCCGUCAAUGUCAAUGUGACUAACAUCCUCGGCCGGAGUGCACUUCAGAUGGUUGUCGACAACGAGAAUGUUGAGAUCGUAGAGCUCCUCCUGAAGCAGGAUAAAGUUGAGAUUGGAGACGCUCUACUGUACGCCAUCAGAGAGGGUGUGUACAAGAUGGUAGAGAUGAUGGUCAACCACCCGAGUAUCAGUCGACAUAUGCUCGGUGAAGGCUGGAGCAGCGCGCACUUCAAGAAGGGUAGGCAAGAGAGCUCCGACUACUCCCACGACAUCUCCCCUGUGAUCCUGGCAGCUCACUGCAACCAGUUUGAGAUUCUGCAGCUACUCCUCACGCGCGGUGCGACCAUCUCCAAACCCCACCCCUGCAUCUGUAAAUGUGACACCUGCACCCAGAAACAGAUGGAAGACAGUCUCAGGUACUCGCUGCAUCGCAUUAACACCUUCAAGGCACUGGCAAGCCCCGCCUGGACCUCCCUCACCACCAGCGAUCCGAUCCUGGCAGCCUUUAAGCUUAGCUGGGAGCUCCAGCAUCUUGCCAUGAGGGAGAAUGAAUUCAAAGACAUCUAUAUGCAGCUCAACGAGCAGAUCAAAACGUUCACCGUGGAUCUGUUGGAGCAGUGCCGCAGCUCGGAGGAGGUGAAUGCCGUUCUGAAUAAAGAGAGCGAUUCGGAUGACGAGUUCCCGGACGAGGAUGUCAACAGCGAGAAGCUGACCCUGGCGAGGUUACGUCUGGCGCUAAAGUACGAACAGAAACAGUUUGUGGCCCACCCUAACACCCAACAGGUGCUCUCCUCGAUCUGGUACGAGGGGCUCCCGGGCUGGCGAGGAAGCAACGCCUUCACCAAGUUCCUACUUUGUGUCCUCGUCAUGGUCAUGAUGCCCAUCAACGCUCUCAUCUACCUGCUGUUUCCUCGGACUCGCAUUGGGCAAAUGAUGAGGUCGCCCUUCAUGAAAUUCAUGCAUCACAGCUCGUCCUUCGUCAUCUUUCUGGCCCUACUCGUGCUUGUUUCGACCAGGGUCAACUUGACACUGACUGGAGGAGACCAAGCGGAUCUGCAUCAAGGUGGACGCGGGCGAGAUCCGGACUUUAUUGAAGUUACCAUACUGAUAUUUGUUAUAGGCAUGAUCUGGGGAGAGUGUAAGCAGCUUUGGGAGGAGGGUUUAAAGGCGUAUAUUCGACAAUGGUGGAACUGGCUAGACUUCAUCAUGUUAACACUUUACCUAGCCACAUAUAGCCUUCGUCUGACUGCCGUGUAUCUGUUACCGGCGUCCGUAUACGCUAAAGAAAUACCACGUCACCUCUGGCCCGCUAGCGACCCCACCCUCAUCGCAGAGUGUCUGUUCGCCAUGGCGAACGUGUUCAGCUUCGCCCGGAUUAUCUACCUGUUCCAGGCGAACCCUUACCUCGGACCGCUCCAGAUAUCCCUCGGAUGCAUGCUCAUUGACAUUGCUAAAUUCUUUUUCAUCUUCUUUCUGGUGUUGCUGUCGUUCGCCUGCGGCAUGCAUCAGCUGUAUUGGUACUACAACGAAGAAUACGCCUGCACUACUGAUGGUGUCAGGGUGACGGAUAGCACGACGUGUAAGGCGAAUGGUUUUUCACAAAUAGAGAGAUCGUUUCUGAAUUUACUGUGGGCGCUUUUUGGCCUGACCAGCUCGGACGCCAUUAAGUUAGAGCUUGCAAACAAGAGUGCAAAUAACGUGUCGGUGGAGGUUGUCGGCGAGUUGCUGCUCCUGUGCUACCACAUUAUUGCCAUCAUAGUACUCCUCAAUAUGCUCAUUGCGAUGAUGAGCAACUCGUUUCAGAAUAUUCAGGACCACGCCGAUAGAGAGUGGAAGUUCGCCCGAUCGAAACUCUGGAUGAGUUACUUCGACGAGGGGUCUACGUUGCCCCCACCAUUCAACCUGAUCAUCAGUCCUAAAUCAAUCUACUAUUUCUUCUCGGGAGUUCGCAGAAUUCUGUGUGGAUACCGGAGAUCUUUGACGGCAAACUACAAACCGAGGAAAAGGCGCUCGCUGGAUGGAACUUUACGAAUCGGUGAUGGUACCGUUGGAAACAACGUUCAGACGGCCGAGACGAGGUACCAAGACGUGAUGAAACGUCUUGUCAGUCGCUACAUCCAGAUGACCAAAGCAAACAGGAAGGCUGAUGGAGUCAAUGAAGAUGAUCUCAACGAAAUCAAACAAGACAUCUCAAGUCUCAGGUAUGAACUACGAGAAGACCGUAAGCGCGAAGAGGCUCGCGAGCACGCCAACAUGAAGAGUAUCAAACACGAGAUCCUACACAUUGUCAGUAACACCAGCGGUUCACCACACAACCCAGCCCGUCAUCAACAACGCUCCAGCAGCCGUGCAAGCACCGUAAGCCAGCGCAACAGCAGCUCAGGUAGCUCAUCGAAUGAGGUGCACGCCCCGACACCACUGUACCCGUCCGCUCCGGUGUUCCUCACGGUGUCUGGUGAUGGGGACAAGAGCGACUCAUCCCGGGGGGCGAUGAUGACGAAGCGAGACCUCGAGGAGAUGAAGAUGGAGAUUGUAGGCUCAUUGAGGGAGGAGAUUCAAACCUGCCUCCGGAGUGUAAUGUUCUACAAUCAAACCCCACCUCCUCCCGUCCCUCCUCCUCCGUUCUCGCACCAACACGAAGGAGCAGACGACGAUGAGACGCAUGAGGCAUCCGAGGCAACAGAGGGCGCUGAUCAACACCACUCUGGACAGUACUUAACGUUCUCUCCCGCAUUACUCGGAGAGGAUCACACUCGACAUGGUUACUCCCAUCUUUGAAAAAUAAAUACGGAUGCUACGAAUUUACAUCGGUCAUACUCUAGAUCAUAUGAAAAUUAUACUUAAUAUUUUAUUAAAAAAGCAAAAUUUAAAUCACUGUUAAGAGUGGAUAUGUUUGUUUUUUUGUAGAGUUACAUGUCUCGUAAUCCAACUUCUACUAACUUUUUGGGAACAUUCAUAGUAUCGCGUGAGACUUGCACUUUCUAUAUGGGGGUUUUCGCACCAAACUGAUGCCUUCGUUUGAGAGUGCUCGUGGGAGCAGGCGGAGCUCCGUCCCCCACGAACCUGCACGGAAUAUGUUUUGCUCAUUGGCCAGUGAUGCAUUGAUUGAGUCCCAACCGCGAGCUCUCUUUAUGAUGGCCCUGAUGAAGUGAGGCAUAAAAAGCUUGUGUUCUAAACAUUUCAUAGAAUAUGGGAUCGGGUAAACUCAGGGGAUUUUUCCCUCUUUCCCUGCGUUUCACAGUUGUUACUCAAACAGAUUUUUCAGUUCCAGCAAUUAUUCACCAAGUUUUUUUUAUCGCUUGUUGGCCUUGCUCGAUUCAACGUUGAUGUUUAUUUCUUUUACCUUGUGGUGUUCAUAAUCAUUAAUAAUAAUCUUCAUUUAUAUUGUAAUUCGUACCCGUUUCAGUUAGAUCAUACAAACGACUUUUGUUUCUGGCAAAAAUGUUCAUUUUCUUGUAAUUAAUUUGAACAAGUUCUGAAUGGUGUUUUCAGUUAUGUAUUUUUUUUCCAAUAUUUAGAGGACAGUUCAUUUCUCAUUGUUACUCACUAUUUAAUCAUUCAUGUAUUUAUUAUCAAACUUGCUAGCAAAUAGUGUAGCGUGUAAUUAUGUUGAUAUUGAUAUUACAUUUUUCUUUUACAUGGUGUUAAGUGUGGUAAUAAUGUACGGGAAAGAUGACAUCACUUGUUCGUCCUAUUCACGUCUCUUUUCCGUCAAGUUCGUUAUUUUUCGCGAAGCCUACAUGUUUUCAUUGCAGUUUAUUGUGAUUUGUCAAAACUUUUCUUCCUGGUUUGGUACUUAAAUGUAAAAUCCUUAAUUUGCCUAAAAAGUUAUACCAUUUUGCCUAAAAAUAAGCCUAGGCCUAAAGGAUUUCAAAACAAUCUCGUAUUAGGGCCUAAUUUCAUAAAACUGAUUAUUGUUUCAAAGGCAGACAAAGUUGCUGAGCACAAGGACGCCAACCAGCAUCACAGCAAAAAGAAAUAUCAUUUUAUAUACUGGUGUCCGUCUAAGUUUCGCUUAAAUUGUUCAGCAAUAUUUUCUAAGAAAGUGUGCUCUGUAUAAUUUGAAAUCUGAUGUGAACAGUGUAUAUUUUCCAUCCGCCAUGCUAUUUCAUUUUCAAAUGGCGCGCCAUACAUCCUUGGUUAAAAAAAUAAAAAAUAUAAAAAAUACGUUUCACGCCCCCCAAAAAUAGGACCGCCCGUUUCGCACUGUGUAAAUUACCCGGGAAAUUCCCGCAAAAAUUUGUUCGAUAUUUUGAACUUGCUAACCCCUUGCAGAUGGAACAAACCUAUCCCGGGAAAAAGCUAGAUCUACCUCUGCUCGCGGAGAUAGAGUUAAAUAACCCAGAGUUAACAUAGCUUACAGAGUGUUAAUCUUGCCCAGUGAAGUGGCAUGAAAGUGUUUAAACAUGUUCACAAAGAAUUCCAGGGAAUUUCUUGAGAUUUCACGUCCUGUGAGUUGGCUCGGAAUGUGAGUGGCUUUCGAGACACGAAAUAAUGUUGCCAAGAAAAAGGAAACAUCAUAAUUGUCACAAAUUAAUUGUUAUCAGCUCCAAACACACGGUAAUUCACGUUAGCUGAGGUGACUGUUCCCCCUCCUAAUUUUCGCUUAUCUGUACUGAAUAAUUAUGACUUGGAUACCACCAAAAAGUUCGAGAUACUCACGCCACAUGGCUCCAAGUUCAUAGAGCUGCUCAAAUACCAAAAAGUACCCCAGCACAACUAUUCUUAAAAGGAAGGUACACGUUUGGUAAUUACUCAAAACAAAUAUUAACUUAAAAGGUGACUUGGUAACGAGCAUUGG